AUGAUUACAAAACGGGUCUAUGUUGGUUCUGUGACCAGUAAUCAGGAUGAUUGUUUUGCAGAAUUGUAUGCCAGAUUUCUGAAAUUUGGUAAAGUAGUUGAUGAAUCGAAAUCGUUCGAACAACAUGAUGCCUUCGGGUACCUUAACAUGGAGUUUGAGGACGCUUCACAGUUUGAGAAGAUGAAGUCUAGUUUUAACAGGGUUAAAUUCAAAGGAAAUACUCUUCGAGUAGCCGAGGCGAAACCAGAUUGGAAAACACGUUGGGAAAUUGACCAUAAGGACGAGGAACGGGAGCAUAAGAAAAGGAAACAGAUGGCAAAACAGGAAUGGGAGCAUUAUAAGAAGCUGGAGAAUAUAAACAAAUCGUGGAUAGAUAGGAAAGAAGUAAUAUCCGGGAGAGAAAGAACAUCUCGUAGAUCUGCAUUCAAACUGCGUAAUAUCACUUUCAGAGUCAAUGUCAAUGGAAAGCUUAAAGUAUACAAAUGCUAUAAGACUAAACUUUGGGGGUAUGAGAAGAACAAGAACGUUAGAGAUUUGGUCUAUAGGUUUUCCAAUAAUUAUUGGAGAAAUGGCCCGGACCACAUAGUCGAUAAAUUAGACUAUUCUAGAUGCAAAUCCGUAUCAUUCAGAAACAUAUCCGGAGACAGUCUAACAUUAUCGCGUGAAACAAGCAACGAGAAAGUCGAUACUGAUGAUUUAACAGAGACGGAAAAGGAAAAGAAUAAUUUGGUACUAUCGUCGUUGUUAGACAACUUUGAUUUCGAUAAACCGCUAGCCGUUGAAGAAGUGACAGCAGAAGAAGAAGAAGAGAAUGCUGGUGCAGAUUAUGAGUAUGAAGGUCUAUACAGGGAAUCUGACAGCAAACCGUUGUUUUCUUCGAGUAUCUCAAAAGAAAUUCCACGGGUCAAAGAGGGUGAGUUUUCUAAAACGGAGAAUACAACAGCAACGUCAUAUGUAGAAGAUGAAGAAGCUGACAAGGAACAAGACAUGGACAGCGAGGAGGAUGAAUUUAUUCCAACCUUUGGCGCUACUCCACAAGUGCCAGAUAAUUCAACUGAAAAUACUACGAAUCCUACUGAAGUUCUCAGAGAUUUAUUGAAUCCCCUUGAACCUACAUCAUUCAAGUUGAUUGAGGAAUCCGACGAAGACAUUGAUCAUCAGAGAGAUGUACAGGAGGAACAAGUGGCAUUACCAAUACCUGAAGUUAUUAUUCCACAGAAAUCGAAUAACCCACUGUUUUUUCUACACAAGGAUUCUCCGUUUUUGGUGGGUCAGACUAAGAUUGCGAAAAUAAAGCCACCUAUUGCAUUAGAUGAAAAGUUCAAAACCUGGGAAGAAACGUUCUGGAAUAGCAGAAGUAGUUGGACUAAAGAGAUGAAACAAAGGAAGAGAGAUGUAGUGAGACAAAUCAAAAAAAGAAGGGACAAAUAUCACGGAAAUACCGUACUAAUCUAA